UACUUAACUCGAACCGCGUGCCAUCUCUUUUAAGCUCGCGCGGAAUCUUGUACCGUACGUGUCAGCGCGCGCGGUGUCUCGCGCAUCAGAAUAACACGGGAUAAUUUUUAAACAGAUACAUGUUCCGAUUUCAGUCCUUAGAUGAAGACUGCACCCUGGAGGAGGAAGGGUUGGUAGAGGAAGAUGAGAUUGACCAGUUCAAUGAUGAUACUUUUGGAGCAGGGGCAAUCGAUGAUGAUUGGCAGGAACAGCAUGCCCGCCUCGCAGAACUGGACGAGCUUGUGCGAGAUGAGCCAGCCGGAGACACCCCCUCCCCCCCUCAUGAGCUUCCUCCUGCCACCAGCUCCACCCUCUCUCAACCACCCUCUUCCUCCCUGUACUCUGAGGAACGGGCCGGGGGUGACCUAGCGGAGUCACUGUCUCGUCUCAUCUUGGGCUCGGAUCCCGCCAUUGCUGGAGUAGGCACAGCCAGCUUGGAUAGAUCUCGCCUGACCCCUGUUCUCUCCAGUCACACUCAUCCUCCAGCAUUAGCAGGACAGUCUCCUCUGCUGCUGAGCUACCCACAAAAUCAGCAGCUCCUGAACAGGGUUUCAGCUCCUCUCUCCCAGAUAAACUCUCACAGUAUUUGGGAAAACAGUAUGGUCUUCAGUCCGGUUAGUGUGAACUCUGGACUUGUCCAUCAAACUGAGGAUAGGCCACUACUAUCUAUUAUCAAAGAGGUCGGCCUUCCAAAGCGACCUCCUGCCCUCGGCAGAGAAGAGGGGCGGGAUUUGUCGGAACGUGUACCGCCUCCUCGGUCCUCCUCACCUGUGAUUGGCAGUCCCCCUGUAACAGCUGUGCCUAUAGGAACCCCUCCAAAACAGCCCAUGAGUCACAUGCUCAUUCAGCAGAAUAAUCACCCUUCAGCUGUUCACAUAAGAGCCUCUGUGCCGCUCCGUUAUCCCCCUCCCUUCCCCGAGCGCCUUUCUCCCAACAACCUCCUGAGCAUCACUAACCCAACAUUGUCUCAUCAUUCAUUCCCUGGUGUUGGCCCUGUUCUCUCUCAGAUACAGAGAGCACAGCUGUUGAACUCUCAGUUUCAGCGUUGUACACCACCUCCAUUAUUACAGGGUGGGGUCGGCGGCUUCCGCCCUUUCUUUGGGCAGUCUGGACCUAGAAUGGGUCCCCACGGCCCACAUCUCGGCCAUAUCCCCAUCAGACACAACACCACCCACCUCCACCCGCAGCAUCGCAGGAUGCUGAACCUGAGGAUGCAGAACAGAGGCACAGGGGAUCACCUCAGUGGGAGAGGGGUUUUGGAAAGGAAAAACAGAGACCCCUAUAGCAAUCUGAUGAUGCAGAGAGAAAAAGAAUGGGUUGCCCGAAUCCAGAUGAUGCAGCUUCAAAGCACAGAUCCUUAUCUGGAUGACUAUUAUUACCAGAAUUACUAUGAGAAGAUGGAGAAGCGUCAGGAGCGGGACAUGGACAACAAAAAGGAACACGCCACCAAACUCAUCACUCCUCAGGUGGCCAAGUUGGAGCACACGUAUCGGCCAGUGCAGUUUGCAGGUUCUUUAGGGAAACUCACGGUUUCAAGCGUUAACAAUCCCAGAAAAAUGAUUGAUGCCGUAGUGACCACUCGCAGCGACGAUGAGGAGAAACGAGAGAAACAAGUUUGGAAUAAAAGACGGCAAAUCCUCUACACUGUAGAGAAGAUGUACACUCUACUGCUUGAGGUGCAAGACUUCGAGAAGAAAUUCUUGCAGACCCCUGAGCACCAAAGAGACGCUCUGAUUGAACAACACAAAUCUCACACGCUGCAACUCUACAGCUCCCUCAAAGAGAAAGAGUGGGCCGACCGAGUAAGCGAUGAACAGUGCUUAAUGAUCAUGUCUGUGCGCAAGGGAAAACGGCUCAUCUCCAGGCUCCUCCCCUUCCUGCUGCAGCAACAGGCCGCUGCUGUCGUGAUGGCAAUUGCCAGGAACCUUCCAGCCCUGGCCAAGAAAGACAAGCAAGACCAGGUACUGUGUUGGUUGGUUGAGCCAGUAACCGUGGUGAUCCACUCCAUGUCGAGUACCUCCCUCACUGAUCUCCUUCAGGAGCUGCAGGGCAGUGAAGGACAGCUUCCACUGGUGCUGCAAAAUAAGUUUGGUGUGACCUUGCUCUAUGUGGUUUUGAGUGAGGGGGAGAGAAUGCAGAGCUCUGAUCCUAACUGUCAGCUCAUGGAUGAUAACCGCUGGACUGAGCUAGUGUUCUCAGUGACCAGAGAGCUUCUGAAGGUCCCAUCAUCUGCUCUCUCAUCCCCACUGUUCACUCCUCCAAACCUCGUCUCACUGUUUUCUCGAUAUGUAGACCGACAGAGACUGGAACUCCUGCAAGAAAAGCUACAGAUCACGGCCUUGUCCAGGUAGAAGUUCCUUCAGCCAUCACUGCUGAAGAGAGACUGUUAAUGUAAUUGUGAACAGGCAGUUUUAUGUAUGAUAUGUAUUGGAGGGUGAGGGUGGGUACUACAGAGUAAUGUCACCUUUCUUUCUUGUUCUAAGAGUUACAAUAGCUAAGAAACACCUUUAAAUGGUAAUACAGCCAAUGCUGAAAGGUUUGUCAAUAAAGGCAAUCAGGUCUUUGUUCUAGCUUCCACUAGGGGUCAACUCUGAGCAGAGGAGCCAGGAAAGUGACCUAAAUUAAUCCCGUAUGUGACAGUCCCUGUUCUCCAGAUGAUGUUUUCCAGUGAAGCAGUUUAAUCAUGAAAACAUCCAACCUUAUUUAUAGACGCAUAGUUUUGUGUAGAAAUUUGCUGUACAUUAAUAUCUUAAUUUUCUUAAACACUGCAGCUUGAGGUAUGUUUGCAAAAGAGUGACUGUGCAAGUGUGUUUGUGAGUUUAAAUGAAGGUUUAAACAAAGUUAUUCAUUUUUUAAUCGUGACAUGAUGCCUGUGAUAAAACAUGAAAUUAAAACUUUCUAUUAUA